GUCCUACACUGCAAAUUUUGUUUGCUGGUAUUCAGCAAAUUUUGCUGAUUUUUUUUGUGCUGAUUUCAUUCAGCAAUAUGAAUUUACUGAAUAUCAGCAAUUAUUUUUCAACUUGCUGACCCAUCCAGCAAUUUUGACAGUUGAUCAGCAACGUUGUGCUGAAGUUCAGCAAAAAUUUUGCUGAAAUUCAGCAAUUUAUUUUGCUGAUUUUUUUUGUGCUGGAAGCGUUUCGAAAAAUUUGGUGUGUAGCUUACCUAGCCACCGGAUGCAGUUUUGGCAUGUUGGAAGCCUGUUUUCGCAUACCCAAGCCGACAAUAUCGAAGUUUCUUGUGCCAGUGCUUCAGAGUAUUUCUAAGGUUCUCGGAAAAUACAUGAAGGUUUGUAAUAAAAGGUAUCCUGUUGAUGUAUUUUCUACCUAAAAAUAACAAAUUUCAGGCACCCUCCACAUCCGACGAAUGGCAUGCGGUUUCAAAUGGAUUCGACAGAAAAUGGAACUUCCCCAAGUGUUGCGGUGCUUUGGACGGGAAACACAUCCGAAUUCAAUGUCCUCCUUGUAGUAAUAGCAACUACUUCAACUACAAAGGCUACUUCAGUACGAUUCUGUUUGCCCUCGUGGAUGCAAAUUACAAAUUCAUGUACGUUGAUAUUGGCAAAAAUGGCCGAGUCAACGACGCUUCUAUCUUUCGUAACUGCAGCUUGAAGAAGGGUAUUGAAAACGGAACGAUUGGAUUUCCACGCGGAAGUAUUUUGGUUGGAGAUGAUGCUUUUCCGUUGUCAGCUUAUCUGUUGAAACCGUACUCGCAUCAUGGAUUAUUGACAGCAGCAGAAAUAAUAUUCAACUACAGACUCUCGCGUGCCCGGAGAGUUGUGGAAAACGCAUUCGGAAUACUUGUGUCACGUUUCCGAAUUUUCACACGACCGAUUGAUUUGAUUCCCGAGAAGGUAGAUGAGAUUGUGAAAGCUGCUUGUAGUUUACACAAUUGGUUGCGGGAAACAAGUCCAACUACAUAUUUCCCAUUUGGAUGUGUCGACCACGAAGACUUGGAAACUGGUGAAACUAUUCCAGGAACAUGGAGGAACGAAAUAUCAGAGCUGGAAUCAAUGCAACCAUCCAGCUCCAGAAACUACACUAAAAAUGCAGCGUCAAUUCGAAACGCCUACAAGAAGUACUUCAUGGGUCCAGGUGCCGUUGAAUGGCAGUGGAAGCAACUGAACCGCAAAAAAUAAGACAGAUCAAGUUCAUGGUCAUGGUUAAUCAAUAACACAUAUCAUCAUUACACAUGUCAUUCAACAAUGAGAAAUAAAAUAAUUGGUUCACAAUUUUGUAGCAGUAGUUGCGACAAGAAAAUAAUCAAAAAUUAUAUUGCGCUUCAGGAUAAGUAGAUCACAAAAGUAUGAAAAUUUUAUUACAUACUUAUGAGAAGGUUUCUCUUAAUUUAGUAGGAAGAGAGUUCAAAGAAUGCUUAACUGAUGCAGGCUGCCUAACUUUGGGAAAAAAUCUUCUAAGAAUUUUCUUAGGAACUUUCAGGACUUUGUGAGGAAAGUGCCUUGAUUUUGCCUUAAUAUUCUGUUAGUUAAUACAGGUUAAUACGUUUUAAACUCAUUAAACGUUAAUUCAAUAAUAUUUCGGAUCAACAGAA